CAAAUUCGUUAUCUGAGCGCGCAAUUUUUCCCUAUCCUACCCAGAGUCUUCUGGGGGAAUUCGGCGAUACCACCGAUGUGUGUGAUUAGUCUUGCUGCGUUUCUAUCGUCCGUUGGAAGUGAGUUGCAUUUUACUAGCUGCUGCUCUUUGACACUACUGCAGAAGGUAUCCAGCCAGUUUACGCAAUCUCAAGAAAGAAAAAAUCUGCACUCAAUCAACAUGUCUCUCCGUCUGAUUUCAUCGCCCUUCUUCCGGCGCUUCCUGAUCCCGAGCAACGGUGGCAAGGUUUCACCUUCGCGCGCCAUGAGCCGCGAUCCCUACUCUGAUCCACGUGGCUUCACCCCGGCCGAUAUGAAGAAGAACCCAGCGGUUAUCCCACUGGUCGUUAUUAUUGGCGUUGCCGUCGCAGGUGUACUCGGAUUCAGCACAUAUGCGGGGCUCACGCGUCCAGACGUUAGCUUCAACCGCAAAACUUACGAGUGGGACACCAUGGAUACUAUGAACCCGAGAAAGCUCAAGAUGCGAGUCUACAAUCAAGAGUACAACCCGAUGCCGGAACUGAACGAGGCUCUGGCCUACCGUGAAGAGUACAACAAAUUAUCCAGUCAGUAAACAAGUAUGCCAACAACAACACCCAUAGCUCAGCAACGCCUCUCUCGCCCAGCAAACAGAACCAAAUUGGCCAUCUUCAAUCCAGUUCAAUGGAAACCGUCCCUCACGGAGUGAAUUUCGUACAGUAUUCAAAGUAGUUACACGCUAGCAUCUUGGGGCGAUGGAGGAAAACUCGAAAAAAAGCUCCCUCCACGAAGGUUUCGCCAAUAAUGUAAACAUUAUACUGAGGAUGAAACUGUAUCUGGUGAGCACACUACUUAGAAGUCGAAGUAGACGCAGAAAUACACAGACACACACACACUUACACCCUAGACUGGAGCUUAUCGUGUUACUUAAGACCAUCAAGCGUAGACUUUUAGCUAAUAAAUAAUUCUCUAGCGUAUUAGCACAAUGGC